AUGAAACUACUGUUGCAAAAAGCUGUGCCAAUUUCAACCCGUUACAAGAAUAGCUGGGCUGUGAAUAUUUUUGAAGAAUGGAGGCAAAUAAGAGAGAACAAAGUGGCAAGUUUGGAGUCUACGUCCUUAAAUCUCUCGCUAGAUAGCAUUCAACAUUUGGAUAUCGAGCCAUGGGAAACAGUGACAGUUUCAUCCCUAAACUUCUGGCUUUGGAAAUUUGUUCAAGAAGCAUCAGACAAGAAAGGUUCGCCAUAUCCUGCUCGUACGCUUUAUCAGCUUAUCGCUAGCCUAAAACGCCACCUAGAGUCAAAAAACCGGACCGACGUUAAUAUGCUUGACAAGUCUAACAUGAGUUUUUCUGGACUUAGAAAAAUUCUGGAUGCUGAGAUGAAAAGCGUCCAUUCCAAAGGAGUUACCAAUAGAAAGAAAGAAAAGGAGUUGAUAACAGACGAAGAAGAAGAGGCGAUGUGGAGGAAAGGAGUACUAGGACAGUCAACAGCUGAGAUAUUGCUUAAGACACCAUAUAAGGACGGUAAAUUUGCGUACAAGAACUGUGUCGUAGGAAUUCAUACUCUCAAUGAAAUUCUUCCUAGUUUGUGUUUGGCAAUUGGCAGCAAGAGGAAAACUAGCCAUAGUCUUCGUGUUACAUGUGUAAGUAAACUGUUUAAUGCAAGUGUUGACGAAAAGCUUAUAAGAAGCAGAAGUGGUCACGUUAGUGAUGCCCUUUUGGCAUAUGAAAAGAGUAGUAAGGAGCAAGAGCACAAGAUUUCCAACAUUUUGAACCCGCCAGCUCAACAAAAACAGGUUUCAUUUGAGUCAAAGAAUGAAAUUAAGGUAAUUGAUAUUAGCAAUGAUGAUAUAGAAAUGCCUGUAUUUGAUGUUAAUGAAUUAGAAUCUAUAUUCAAUGAUAUUACUGGUAAUGAGCACGAAGCUCAGUUUGACUUUACUUCUGGCGGGCCAAUCAAUAUUUCUGGUAACUGUAAUGUUACAAUCAACCAGUUCAAAAUUUAG